AUGGCGUUACAGAAGGAGGACAAGAACAAAGAAGAAGAUAAAAAGACAAAGAAGCAGUGGCAGAAGAGUUACUUCGACGUUUUGGGAAUCUGCUGUACAUCGGAGGUUCCUCUGAUCGAGAAUAUUCUCAAGUCUCUUGACGGCGUUAAGGAAUAUUCCGUCAUCGUUCCGUCGAGAACCGUGAUCGUUGUCCAUGACAGUCUCCUCAUCUCUCCGUUCCAAAUUGCCAAGGCAUUGAACCAAGCGCGUUUAGAAGCAAACGUGAGAGUAAACGGAGAAACCAACUUCAAGAAUAAAUGGCCAAGCCCUUUCGCGGUGGUUUCCGGCAUACUCCUCCUCCUCUCCUUCCUAAAAUAUGUAUACCCGCCUCUUGGUUGGCUCGCUGUCGUGGCAGUUGCUGCUGGUAUUUAUCCGAUUCUUGCAAAAGCCGUCGCUUCUGUCAGAAGGCUUAGGGUCGACGUCAACAUCCUAGUCAUUAUAACAGUGGCUGCAACACUUGCAAUGCAAGAUUACAUGGAGGCAGCAGCAGUUAUCUUCUUAUUCACCAUAGCUGAAUGGCUUGAAACAAGAGCUAGCUACAAUGCCAGCUCGGUGAUGCAGUCUCUGAUGAGCUUAGCUCCACAAAAGGCAAUCAUAGCAGAGACUGGAGAAGAAGUUGAAGUAGAUGAGGUUAAGCUCAACACAAUCGUAGCAGUUAAAGCCGGUGAAACCAUACCUAUUGAUGGGAUUGUGGUUGAUGGAAACUGUGAAGCAGACGAGAAAACCUUAACCGGUGAAGCAUUUCCUGUGCCUAAACAGAGAGAUUCUUCGGUUUGGGCUGGAACUAUGAAUCUCAAUGGUUAUAUAAGUGUGAAAACAACUGCUUUAGCCAGUGAUUGUGUGGUUGCAAAGAUGGCUAAGCUCGUAGAAGAAGCUCAGAGCAGUAAAACCAAAUCUCAAAGACUAAUAGACAAAUGUUGUCAGUACUAUACUCCAGUAAUCAUCAUAGUAUCAGCUUGCUUUGCGAUAGUCCCGGCUAUAAUGAAAGUUCACAACCUCCACCAUUGGUUUCACUUAGCACUGGUUGUGUUAGUCAGUGCUUGUCCCUGUGGUCUUAUCCUCUCUACACCAGUAGCUACUUUCUGUGCACUUACUAAAGCAGCAACUUCAGGGCUUCUGAUCAAGAGCGCUGAUUAUCUUGACACUCUUUCAAAGAUCAAGAUCGCUGCUUUCGACAAAACCGGAACUAUCACUAGAGGAGAGUUCAUUGUCGUAGAAUUCAAGUCACUCUCUAGAGACAUAAGCCUACGCAGCUUGCUUUACUGGGUGUCAAGUCUUGAAAGCAAAUCAAGUCAUCCAAUGGCAGCAACGAUUGUGGACUAUGCUAAAUCUGUUUCUGUUGAGCCUAGGAGUGAUGAGGUUGAGGAUUAUCAGAACUUUCCAGGUGAAGGAAUCUAUGGGAAGAUUGAUGGGAACAAUGUUUACAUAGGGAACAAAAGGAUUGCUUCACGAGCUGGUUGUUCAACAGUUCCAGAGAUUGAGCUUGAUACCAAAGGAGGAAAGACUGUUGGAUACGUCUAUGUAGGUGAAAGAUUAGCUGGAGUUUUCAAUCUUUCUGAUGCUUGUAGAUCAGGCGUAGCUCAAGCAAUGAAGGAACUCAAAGAUCUUGGAAUCAAAACCGCAAUGCUAACAGGAGAUAAUCAAGAUUCAGCAAUGCAUGCUCAAGAACAGUUAGGGAAUGCUUUGGAUGUUGUUCAUGGAGAACUUCUUCCAGAAGACAAAUCCAAAAUCAUACAAGAGUUUAAGAAAGAAGGACCAACUUGUAUGGUGGGAGAUGGUGUGAAUGAUGCACCAGCUUUAGCUACUGCUGAUAUUGGUAUCUCCAUGGGGAUUUCUGGCUCUGCGCUCGCGACGCAGACUGGUCAUAUCAUUCUCAUGUCCAAUGAUAUAAGAAGGAUACCACAAGCGAUAAAGCUAGCAAGAAGAGCUCGGCGGAAAGUUAUUCAAAACGUGAUUAUCUCCAUCACUUUGAAAGUAGCGAUACUGGCUUUAGCAUUUGCUGGUCAUCCUUUGAUUUGGGCUGCGGUGCUUGCUGAUGUAGGGACUUGUCUGAUUGUGAUUCUAAACAGUAUGUUGUUGCUGCGAGAGAAGGAUAAAGCCAAGAACAAGAAGUGUUACAGGGCUUCUACAUCAUUGUUGAGUGGUAAGAAACUUGAAGGCGAUGAUGACCAAGGCCUUGACUUAGAAGCAGGGUUGUUAUCAAAGAGUCAAUGCAACUCAGGAUGUUGUGGUGAUAAGAAAAGCCAAGAGAAGGUGAUGAUGAGACCAGUUAGUAAAACAAGUUCUGGCCAUCUUCACUCUGGUUGUUGUGGAGAUAAGAAGCAAGACAGUGUGAAAGAUAGCUGUUGCGGUGAGAAAAGUAAGAAACCGGAGGGAGCUAUGGCUCCAUUGAGCUCAUGCAAGAAGUCUUCUCAUGCCAACCACGACCUGAAACUGAAAGGUGGUUCAAGUUGUUGUGCUAGUAAAAAGGAGAAGCUGAAGGAAGUAGUAGUAGCAAAGAGCUGUUGUGAAGAGAAGGAGAAAGCAAAGGGAAAUGUUGAGGUGCAGAUUCUUGAUUUGGAGAAAGGUUUGCAUAAAAAGGUUGGUGAAACCUGCAAAUCAAGCUGUUGUGGAGAUAAAGAGAAGGCUAAGGAAACACGUUUGUUGCUUGCUAGUGAAGAUCCAUCUUAUCUGGAGAAGGAAGAAAGGCAAAUUACUGAAGCUAACAUUGUGACGGUGAAACAUAGCUGCCAUGAGAAGGCAAGUCUGGACAUUGAAACUGGAGUUACUUGUGAUCUCAAGUUGGUCUGCUGUGGAAACAUAGAAGUGGGAGAGCAAUAUGAUCUUGAGAAAGGCAUGGCGUUAAAGAGUGAAGGACAAUGGAAGUCUGAUUGCUGCGGUGAUGAAAAGAAAACCGGAGAGAUAACUCUAGCUUCUGAGGAAGACAGUGUGGAUUGCUCCUCCGGAUGCUGCGGAAACAAGGAGGAAGUGAAACAGAGCUGUCAUGAGAAGACAUGUCUGGACACUGAAACUGGUGUAAGUUGUGAUUUAAAGUUGGUUUGUUGUGGAAGCAUAGAAGGAGAAGUGAGAGCGCAAUCUGGUUGCUGCGGAGAUAAAAAGCAAACCGGAGAAAUAACUCUGGCUUCUGAGGAAGAGACUGAUAGUUCGGAUUGUUCCUCAGGAUGCUGCGGAAACGAGGAGGAAGUGACAAAAAUCUGUCAUGAGAAGACAUGUCUGGACAUUUCAAGUUGUGAUUCCAAGUUGGUUUGCUGUGGAGAAACAGAAGUGGAAGUGGGAGAGCAAAUGAUGAAUGAAGGACAAUGCAAGUCUGUUUGUUGCGGUGAUGAAAAGAAAACAGAGGAUAUAACUCUGGUUUCUGAGGAAGGGACGGACAAUCUGAAAACUGAAAGUGGUGAUGAUUGCAAAUCUCUUUGUUGUGGAACUAGUCUGAAGCAAGAAGGGUCUUCUAGUUUGGUCAAUGUGGUGGUGGAGAGUGGUGAAUCCGGGUCAAGCUGUUGCAGCAAGGAGGGAGAGAUAGUGAAAGUAUCUAGCCAAAGCCGUUGCACAAGUCCUAGUGAUGUGGUGUUAUCUGACUUGCAAGUCAAGAAACUAGAGAUUUGUUGCAAAGUGAAGAAGACUCCAGAAGAGGUUUGUGGACCUAAAUGUAAGGUAACAGAGAAGCGUCACCACAUUGGUAAAAGCUGUUGCAGGAGUUAUGCAAAAGAGUAUUGUAGCCACAUGCAUCAUCACCACCACCACCAUCAUCACCACCAUGUUGGGGCUGCUUGA